ACGAAGGAGGGAGUGGGAUGAACGCCGGGCCCCGGGCGCAGCCGAGGCGACGCGAGAUGGCGGCGGCAGCCUCAGGAGCUGGUCGCUGUCGGAUCAGCAAGGUGGGGGUUGGCCGGCGCCCGUCUCCAGCUCGAGUAAGGGUGGCUGUACGACUGCGGCCAUUUGUGGAUGGAACAGCUGGAGCAAAUGAUAGCUCUUGUGUUCGGGGCCUGGACAGCUGCUCUCUAGAGAUUGCCAACUGGAGAAACCAUCAGGAGACCCUCAGAUACCAGUUUGAUGCCUUCUAUGGGGAGAGGAGCUCCCAGCAGGACAUCUAUGCAGGCUCAGUACAGCCCAUCCUAAAGCACUUGCUGGAGGGGCAGAAUGCCAGUGUACUUGCAUAUGGGCCCACAGGCGCAGGGAAGACACAUACAAUGCUGGGCAGCCCAGAGCAGCCCGGGGUGAUUCCCCGGGCACUCAUGGACCUUCUGCAGCUCACGAGGGAGGAGGGUGCUGAGGGCCGGCCUUGGUGCCUCUCAGUCACUAUGUCCUACUUAGAGAUUUACCAGGAGAAGGUACUAGAUCUCUUGGAUCCUGCAUCAGGAGACCUGGUGAUCCGAGAAGACUGUCGGGGAAACAUACUGAUUCCGGGCCUCAUGCAGAAGCCCAUCACUAGCUUUGCUGACUUUGAGCGUCACUUCCUGCCAGCCAGUCGAAAUCGGACUGUAGGAGCCACGCGGCUCAACCAGCGCUCCUCCCGCAGUCAUGCUGUGCUUUUGGUCAAGGUGGAUCAACGGGAACGUGUGGCCCCAUUUCGCCAGCGGGAGGGGAAACUCUACCUGAUUGACCUCGCUGGCUCAGAGGACAACCGGCGCACGGGCAACAAGGGCCUGCGGCUGAAGGAGAGUGGAGCCAUCAAUGCUUCCCUCUUUGUGCUGGGCAAGGUGGUGGAUGCGCUGAACCAGGGCCUCCCUCGUGUGCCUUACCGGGACAGCAAGCUCACUCGCCUAUUGCAGGACUCCCUGGGGGGCUCCGCACACAGCAUCCUCAUUGCCAACAUUGCCCCUGAGAGACGCUUCUACCUGGACACAGUCAGUGCGCUCAACUUUGCUGCCCGGUCCAAGGAGGUGAUCAACCAGCCUUUUACCAAUGAGAGCCUGCAGCCUCACGCCUUGGCACCUAUUAAGUUGUCUCAGAAAGAACUGCUGGGCCCAUCAGAGACGAAGAGGGCCCGAGGACAUGAGGAGGAGGAGCUUGGGAGCCCUGAGUCCCCAGCAGCUCCAGCUUCUGCUGACCAGAAACUCAGUCCCCUGCAGAAGCUAAGCAGCAUGGACCCAGCCAUGCUGGAGCGCCUACUGAGUUUGGAACGUCUGCUGGGCUCCCAAGGGAGCCAGGGGACCCCUCUGCUGAACACCCCAAGGCGAGAGCGGAUGGUGCUCAUGAAGACAGUGGAGGAGAAGGACUUGGAGAUUGAGAGGCUUAAAAUGAAGCAAAAGGAACUGGAGGCCAAGGUGCUGGCCCAAGAGGCUGCAGAUCCAAAGGAGAAGGAAAAUUGCUCUCCCACAAUGCUCCGACCCCUUGCCCGCCGCACAGUCACAGUGGCUAAGCCCCUGAAAAAGGCUGUGGUGAUGCCCCUACAACUGAUUCAGGAGCAGGCAGCAUCCCCAAAUGCCGAGAUCCAUAUCCUGAAGAAGAGAGGCCGGAAGAGGAAGCUGGAGUCCCUGGAUGCCUCAGAGCAGUCCGAGGAGAAUGCUGAGGACUGCUGGGAGCUGCAGAUCAGCCCGGAACUGCUGGCCCGUGGGCGCCAAAAAAUCUUGGACUUGCUGAACGAAGGCUCAGCCCGGGACCUGUGCAGCCUGCAGCGCAUUGGCAAGAAGAAGGCCCAGCUCAUCGUGGGAUGGAGGGAGCUCCACGGCCCCUUCAGCCAGGUGGAGGACCUGGAACGCGUGCAGGGCAUUUCCGGGAAACAGCUGCAGUCCUUCGUGAAGGCGAACAUCCUCGGCCUCCUCGGUCUCGCCGCGGGCCAGCGCUCCAGCCCCUCCUGACUUACGUCUCCUCCAUUCACUUUUUUCUUGUUUGUUUUAUCCGUGUAUAAUCGCGUGUUAUGUAAAUACAGUUUUUACUCCGGUG